CUCACUGCAUGGAUGGUGAGGGGCUGCUCCUCUCUGCUUGCAUUUUCAGCAACAGCUUUCAUUUACUGUUUUCUGUUUGUCUUUUCGAAAAGCUGCAGUUCCCUCUAGUCCACUGGUAUUACAGACAGAUUUUUACAAAUGACUGUGAGGGCAUCAGUUAUGCUUAUGAUUUUAGUACCGGUGUCCGGCAUGGGCUGAUUGGAUUUGUAUUUGAGCUUGCAGAGGAAGAGUUUGAGAAAGCAGCACAGGGACCAAGGCACUCCUCUCUUACACCACUGGAGUCUUCAGUUUGUGUUUGUUUUUUGCCUUUGUUGCUGGCCAUGGUCUGGAUAAAGAGACCCACUGAGAUGACCAGAGAAAUUGAAGUCAAAACAGGACACUUGUAAGAAAGCGGAUUUGCCACCAGAACCUGAUGGACGUAAGAGAACAGUUCUCUCUCUCUCUCUCUUGAAGCCAGUAGUGGUUAAGUGGUUGCUUAUGACAUUCAUUUUUUAUUUUUUUUUGUCUUUUUUUUUGUAUCGGGGGCUAAGAAACUGGCAUUGGGGGCAAAGAACACAAACAAGUUUUGUAUGUUUGUGAGCAGCCAGACGGGAGGUUGCAGAUUCUCCACAGAGGCUGGCUUUCAGGCAGGAUUUGAAAGGGGAGACUCUUCAGAUAAGCGCUGUGGUGCUGACGCGGCGUUUCAUCCCGCCACUUUCCAUUCACCCGGCCGGCUGAAAGACCACACAGAUGAGGUGGUGACUCCACGAGCCAUUUCCUGCCACCACCCCCUUCCCCCAGGAAUAUGACCUGUUUUCUCCUGUCUUCUUCUGAUGUGCCCAAGCGGAGUUCAUGAAAAGCAAAUGGAUUGGGAACUCGGUCCCUCUCUGCCUACUCUUUGUGCUGACGGCUGACUGGCCCUGCUGGGCUGCCCUUGCGAGGUCGAGCACAGCUCUCCGAGAGCAGCAGCAGCAGCAGCAUUCAUUAGGAUCUGAUGGAACUGCAGCGUGACAGGAGCAGUGAUGGGAACCCUGGAUAGGCGGGGGCCACUAGAGACACAUGACUCUUCCCUGUGAUGGCCAUCUUUACUGAUCUUCACUGGACUCUAGCAGUGAUUUUUGUUUUUGGAGGAAAUAUAUUUCUACCAACAGUCAGCCACACACCCCACAUAGCUUCCAAGCAUGACCAACUGUAAGGGUCAAGGUGCUCCACCAUUCUCCUCCUUCAUUUCUUUUUUGUCUGCCUCUGAGCCCUGCAUUGAUUUUUGUUACUGUUCAAUUGAUUGAGCCCCAGCUAUGUGAGUGAGGGAGAGGAUUGAGCUGUUUGCUAAAGAAGAUUACCUGACAAGGCCAGACCUUUCUCCAGUUACUCGCUCAUCUAUACAAACUGUGUGUGAGUGUUUGUGUGUGUGUGUGUCUGGCACAGCACAAACCCAGUCAGCCUCUUGGGGCAGGACAAGGCCAACCUCUACAACAAUGAACCAGUCGGGGCUUGUCGAACUGGCGCCCACUGAAAAUGGCAGCAUUGUCAGAGCCGUUGGUAUCAGCCUGAACCACUCAUGUCCAUUGGGAUGGGGUCUGAGCGAGGGCGCAGAGGCCUGUGUUUUAGAAACUGCCGUCAUCGUGCUGCUGACUGUUCUCAUCAUUGCUGGCAACCUUACGGUCAUCUUCGUGUUCCACUGUGCGCCACUGCUGCACCACUACACCACAAGCUACUUCAUUCAGACCAUGGCCUAUGCGGACCUGUUGGUGGGGCUGAGCUGCUUGGUGCCCACCCUCUCCCUGCUGCACCACCCCACAGGGGUUCAGGAGCCCAUCACCUGUCAGGUGUUCAGCUACGUCAUCUCUGUGCUCAAGAGUGUCUCCAUGGCGUGUCUGGCGGGCAUCAGUGUGGACAGGUACCUUGCCAUUACCAAGCCACUGUCCUACAACCAGCUUGUGACGCCAUGUCGGCUCCGUGGCUGCAUUGCGCUCAUAUGGCUUUACUCCUGCGCCGUUUUUCUGCCCUCUUUCUUUGGCUGGGGUAAGCCGGGUUACCACGGAGACAUCUUUGAGUGGUGCGCCCAAGCGUGGCCCACCACUGCGCUCUUCACGGGCUUUGUAGUGUGCCUCCUCUAUGCCCCUGCUGCCCUGGUAGUCUGCUUCACCUACUUCCACAUCUUCCGCAUUUGCCAGCAGCACAACCGGGAGAUAAAUGAGCGGCGCGCACGCUUCCCCAGCCAGGAGAUGGAGGCGGGUGGAGAGGGCGGAGACAGCGGGAGCAGAGGGCACCACACUGGGCACGGACCGGACAGACGCUAUGCUAUGGUUCUCUUUAGAAUCACAAGUGUCUUCUAUGCACUCUGGCUACCCUACAUCAUCUACUUUCUCCUGGAGAGUUCACAUGUGCUGGACAGCCCAGCUCUUUCGUUUAUCACCACCUGGCUCGCCAUUAGCAACAGCUUCUGUAACUGCGUCAUCUAUAGCCUCUCCAACAGCGUGUUCCGCCUGGGCAUGCGUCGCCUGUCACAAACACUGUGCUCCUUUAGCCGCUGUGCAGAUGAUGGAAAGGACUUUGGAGAACCCAAACCGAGGAAGAGAGCCAACUCCUGCUCCAUCUGAGAGCCAUUGGGAUCUGUAUGAAUAUGGAGCAAUCCCCAAUGUAGGAGUCUUUAAAGUGAAGGAGGGUAGUUAAAGUUAUGGUCAUUACAGCUGCUCCAAAGAAGUCGAGUUCAUGCUCUAAGGAUGUGUUGGAAAUUGUCAGUGUCUACAAAAUCCAUACCUGAUCUUAACUCUGGUUUUGUAUGAAGCACAUUUUGUUGUUCGUGAUGUCAAGAAAAGUGAAGCCACAUGCAUGGGACAAAAUUACCUUUUUUUCUGCUCUACAGAAGCAAGGGACCAUGACUAGUUGGACAAGUGAUGAUUUCAGUCUCUCUACAGUACACAGGAUUCUAGAAAAAAAACAAGGGAAGGUCAUGCACUUUGGCUCAGGCCCAAACUAAAAAAACUUUUAGCUCUUUGACAAUUUCUGUCCCAAAAUUGAUGACACAGGUAGGAUUAAUGCAUGCAGAUAUGAAGGCCUUGCUUUGUUUGCUCUGUGCAGCGGAACUGUUGGAUUUGUGACCUUCCCCAGCGUUCUAUUACUGCUACUUUGAGAUUGCUGCUCCAGCCUUGUGCUGGGGGGUACCAGUGCAGCUUAUGUUUAUAGCCUUGCCCAGCUUUGUGUCCACAUUACUGGUCAGUAUCAUUCCCUCUCGCAGGAUUUUGUAGCAGAUGCACAUGUACAGAUCUCCUGCAUAUGUACAGAUCUAGCAGUGGUAGGGGUGCAUGUUUAGAAAAGCUGGCAAACCGUUCAAAACUGUUCAGAAUUUCUUUUGAGAAAAUAUCUGUUUGGAUUUGUCAGAUAGAGCCCUUACAGUCUUUAUAUUCCUGUGUUUCAAAUCAUCCUGUGUUUUAAGUGAUGGAUCACAAUCAUGAGAGCAUAACUGAUAGAUAGAAUGACUCCUUUGAGACAGCAAGUUUGUUGUUCCUUGGAUAUGCUGCCUGUGGAUUCUUGUUCCGUCAAUGUAGGUGAUGCGACAAACACACAGAUCUCUUUUUUUUUUACAUCGCCUGUAAUUACAGUUCUGAGCUCACCCACCCUAUACUGUCUCAUCUUGUAAGCCCUCAACAGUUUGUUAUGGAAUCCAUUUUCCCCCAGUCUGUGAGUCAGUAUCAUACAAAUAAGCAGACUUAGUCCUGCUUUGUCAAACUGGCUUUUUUUUCACGUAUUCCGUAACAGGAAAUCCUCUGUUGGCUGUUGGCUUUGCAUUGCAGUUAGAUCUGUAUUUUGGAUAUGUGCCUAACAUGAUUUUAGUGCUACUUCCUGUUUUGUGUCUAUGAAGCAUCAUGCAUUUUAUUGUGGCAUCACUGGCAUGGCAAUUUUUCUGUUUGUUUGUCAACCCAGCCACGGAUUUAAGCGAUGUCAUUGGCUGGCCUCAGACCAGUGGUGAUGCCUCUCAGAAGCCUCUUGACAGAGGGCUUUCAUGUGAACUCACAAGAAUGGGUUUCUUAUGUGCUUUAAAGUGCUUUUUAAAUGUAUUUUUCCUAUGUGUUAUUUCUUAUCAAAGUCAUUAUUUUGUUAAAAAAACAACACAUUUGAUUUCUAUUCUGUGGAAGAACUAAUGAUACAAAAGGAAUCUCUAAUCUAAAAAUGAUUAGAGGAUAGGAAAUUCAAACUAGUUUCCUUGUACAGAUAAAAAUGUGUUACCUCUUUGUUUCAAGAAAAUUAACACCUUGACAAUGCUUCAGGUUUUAUAAUAGUGAUCUAAUGACCGUUUGAGUGCUUGUCAAAUAAGUUGUACAUUACAAUCAGUUAACCAAGGUCUCACAUUCCAUUCAUUCACUGGUGAGUUUGUGAAACCUUGUAGAAUAGGAUAUCUUAUUUAAGUACACUGUGGUCCUCGCUACGUUUGUGGAUGUGUUUCAUGAAACAUUUCCACCAAAGAAAAAUAUAGAAAAAAUAACGGCGAAAACUGAUUAGGUGAAGUGCAAAAGAAGCAAAGUGCAUUUAUUACAAUAUCUUUUUUAUGUCCUAAAAAUAAAAAAAGAUCAAUUAUGUGUACUAUUUAUUUAUUUUACUGUUUUUAAAAUGGAUAUGGUAUUUGUGAAAUAGGAGUACAUUUGUGGACCUGUGCUCACUUUGCUGUACAGCCAAUGUAUGUUCUAACGGAAACAAUCUUACACAAUCUCUGUCAAUGAUGGCACAUUCCUGUGUGUAAACUGAACUAGACUGCUGCUGUAACUGUAGAGUAAGCUGUCCUUUUGACUAGGAUGCAAAACAAUAAAUUACACAGUAUAUAUUUUUUUAUUUCUGAGAUUUUGUGAAAAGUAAUGGUUAUUGCUGUUGCUGCCAAUACAAUAAAAGUGAACAACUGGAAUGUCAA